GCGGCGUGAUGACGUAAGGACGCGAAGCGCUCAGUGAUUACGUCACGUUGCCGUGGAGCCCGAGACGCCAAAGGGGCGGGAUGGCCGAGAAAGGAAAAUCCCGCGGCGCGGGCGCCAGAUCGAAACUGGACAAGGCACGCACGCCAGCCCGAGCCCAGUCCAAGAAAACCCUCGGGCGGACCCCGACUCAGCCCUCGCCGCCCCCGGAGGAGGAGCCACAGGAGCCCUUGGAUGUCGAGCCCAUCCUGGACGAUCUCGUGGAUCGGGUGCUGACCGCCUGCGCGCUGGCGGCCGCGAUACGGCAGCGGGUGCCGUUCACGGUGUCGCGGGCGCGGGAUGCCAUCCUGUUUGUCGCCGAGUGGCGAUUCCUGGUGCGGGAUGACGGCGACCCUGACCGCGCGGGGGAUCCGGAUCCCGAACGGGACGGAGUCUGGAGCGAGGAUGAGGAGCCCCAAACCAGCCACUGGGACUCCUGCACACCCGGUGUUGUCCAUGUCGCGGAUGUCCCUCCGCCUUCGGAAGAGGUCUCGUGCGAGGAUCUCUCCGUGACAUCCGAGGCUGAAGAAUCUCCGCUCGUGCGUCCCGCCGAGGUCCCCGACGCUGUUUCCUUCCUGAGUGUCCCAGGCGAGGUCCGCUCUCCGACGCCGCCGUGCCUGUCCUCCUUUUCGGAAUCCUCAGAUAUUUCCAUCCAGAUUCCCGUGCCGGCCAUCUCUCCCCGGUCCCCCGGGAGGGACCGCCGCCGCUCCCGGCCCCUGCGGCCCCAGACCCCGGCUCCUCCCCGGGCCGCGCCCUCGGAAGCCGCGGCGCGGGCAUCGCGGCAGUCCCGCCGGGGCACGGCGCCACCGCCGUCACCCGCCUCCCGCAUCAGCCUGGCAUCGGUGCAGCAGCGCAGAUCCUCCCGGGGCACCGCGAUCCUCCCGGCGCUCAGGCUGAGCGCCCGCCGCGAUGCCUCUCGCUGGUUGUUGCCCGAGGUGAAGGUGAUAGACGUGACCACCGAGCCCGAGCGGGUGCGGCAGGUCGCCACGCGGUCCCGGCUGAUCCCGUCUGGCACCCGGCACGUUCUGCCGGUAGCCGGGCGGGCUCCUAGGGGCCAGCCGCAGCUGUGUGACCCCUGGCUGGCCUCGGCUCGCUUGGCUCCCGGUGUCACCGUGCGCUGGGGCGGCAGCGAGCGGCGCGGGCCGGCGCCGGCGGGGCGCGGCGGGCACGGCGACGGCGAGCAGGAGGAAGACGAGGCGGUGAGGAGGGCGGAGAAGGAGCUGAAGCCCAUCCUGCCCUCCCCGGAGAGCCGGAUCUUAGAGUUCAGCGAUGGAGACGAGCAGCUGGAAGACCCGCUGAGAAUGCGGCAGCUCCUGGAUCUUCCCCUCUCGGCGGAUGUCCCAGCUAAGCGGGCACCCCCGACCAAUUGGGGCCCCUCGGCACCCCGUAUCCCGCCGGAGCCGGAGCUGGCACUGGGCCUGCCGCCGUGCAGCGCUCCCGGAGCUGGAGGUUCUUUGCUAGCGCUGCUGAAAAAAGCCCACAAGUAAAUAAAAAACCCUUUAAUGAGC